AGUUCCUCCAUAUUAUUCAUUCAUACUUACAUAAAACACAUUCAUAAUUAGUUGGGAUACAUGCAAGUCCAGCUGCAACUGUACCAAUUACAGAUACCUGAACAAUUCAAUUCAAUAAUGAGGUUUUUGUAUUUUCUUACUUUCCACCACUGUAUGCGUGAGCAUGCGUGUGUGCGUGUGUGUCCCAUCCAUGUGGUCUUAAGCAGCAGCAGUACACUGCAGGGAUGUCGGGAAAGAAGAAGAAGAAGAAGAAGCGAGCUGAACCAACUGAGUGUGUACACACUCACACACACACGCUCCCAUGAUGAAUCAGCCGUCACUCAGGCACUAGUCCAAUGUACUGAUAAUGAGAAGUGCGUCGGCAGCCUCUCUCGAUCGCUGCGCUUCCUCUUCCUCUCACUCAACCUUUUUACACACGCGCACAAACACAAGGCAGUUUUAUUCCUUCUCUUCCACACACAAACUCAUUCAUCUCUCCCUCACUGGUCCGUCUUGUGAUUCCCUCCCUCUUUUCUCUUCCUCCUCCUCUCGGUUGCCCGCUGAGCUGAGCGGUCGCUCGUGGGACCGAGGAGGCAAAAGCAAGGAGGAUAAAGCAGAAUUGAGGCAGAAGAUACGGGGAACGGAGAACAAAAAAAAAAGCGUGAUGAGCAAGAAGCCGCUGAAUGAAUAGUAGCGAGGAGGGGAUUACAAAGACGGAAAAGAAGGAGAGGAAGGACCCAGCCUGGCAGAAGCCUCUUCACUUCCUUUUUCUCUAUCCGUCCUCCCUUCCUCACAGGCAGUCAAAGGGAGGAAUAACCACACAGCCGCUCGUUCUCAGCCCGGACUCCAAUCAAUUGUCCUCCGCCUUCUUUGGCCUCCGCGCAGGUUCGGUCUACCGGGAGCAAAAGGGGAGUAGACGGCGGUUGACCUCUCACCUCCUCCGACCUCCUCGCCACCCCCGCGGGACCCGCAGUGUGAGAGGAGGAGGAGGGGAGGGGGGCAGGGGCGGAUGACUGACGCCCGACGACGAGCUCUCUAACCUGACGCCCGCUUCCAGCCCGAGCGGAGGCAUGUUCGGGCUAAAGGUGCCGCACUACUACCUCCCAGGCAUGAGCCAUGACUCCGACAAGUCGGCGUCAUUAGGAAUGGUCUCCACGGCGACUCGCACCGCGGCCACCGUCAGUCCCCUCGGCCCUCCGACCAAUGGGAGCGCGCUCGCCCGGUCCGCUAACUCCGGAUUCGCUGCCGCCCUGCGCAAACUGGCCAAACAGGCCGAGGAUCCCCGAGCUUCGGCCGUCAGCGGCGAGUCGUCGCCCGUGUCUUCGCCCGCCGCCGGCCGCGGCUCGCCGGUCGACACCCCCAAGCGGGCGUCGCUAGGGCCCCUUCCCGCCCAGUCCCGGGGCCACGCCGUCGUCCCCGGCGCCCCGCCCGCGGUCACCAUUGCGCCCACCAAGACCAGCAACGGCCUGUGGAGGGCCGACGGACGACAGGUCGAGCCGAGCGUUCCCAGGCUCGGCGGCGGCAGGGAGCGGGCGUCCGCCGACGACGCCCGCCCGCCGCGGGACAAGAGGACCCCGCCCGUAGCCCCGCCUCACCCGCUGGCUCACCCCUUCGGACUCACCCCCAGCUCCGUCAUGCAGGACCCCCGAAUGCAGAGCCUCAGUUUACCUGGGCAGAUGCACCCUGCGGUUCCCCCGGGCGCCAUCCCUGAGGAGUACCUGAGAGCGCUGCGUCCCUUCGCCACCCGCGACGACCCGCGCCUGACCUCUGUGCCUCUCGGUCUGGAUACCGCCGCCGCUCACGCAGCCGCCGCCGCCGCCGCUUACUACCACUCGGCCUUCCUGCACCACCCUCUGUCUUUGCCCAGGAUGGAGGAAUCCUUGUGUCUGUCGGCGCUCCGAUCGCAGUUCUACUCCGUGCCCGCCGGGGGAGCCUUUCCCCCGCUGCACCCGUCCGGCCUUCACUUGCACCUGCCCGGAGGCCGCUACCCCGGAGAGCUAAACCACGGUUUACUCGCCGAGAGGCUGCAGAUGGAGAACGAGCUUCGCCGGCGAGAGAGGGAGAAAGAGAGGGAGGAGGAGAGGGAGCGAGAGCUGGACAGACUGAAGGAGAGGCAGCGGGACAGACAGCAGCAGACGGCGCGGGCGGCGGAGGGCCACGGGUACCGCGCCGAAGGGCCGCCCCGGAGGGCGCCUCCGCCGGAGGACGGGGCCGGGCCGACCCCCGACGCACCGGAUGCAGCCGAGGAGUCAGAGCACCCGGCUUUCCUGGCGCGUCAACCUCUUCCCUCGAACCUCCACUCCUCCGGGGGUUCCGUCCCACUCCCCGUGCCCAGUCUGGUGCCUUCUCACCUGGGCAAGCACCACGCCGCGCCGGGGGGCAGCGGCGUCCACGGCGCUCUGGCGCCCGUCGCUAUGACUCGCCGGGCUUGCGAGGAGGCCCGGAUGAAAGACGGCGCGAGAACAGGCCAUCCUCACCAAGGCAUCAGAGAAGCACCUCCUUCCCUGGGCACGCCGCCUCCUCUCAUCUCCCCUAAAGCUCCGCAAACCACCCUGUGGAACCCCGCCUCUUUCGUGGAGCGCCCGAAGCCCGCCCCGCCGAGUCGCCCCCCUCCCUGCCUGACCAGGGCCGAGCGCCCCCCCCUGAACCGGGGCGAGAAGACGGAGGAGGGAGCCGGGAGGAGGCCGGGGGCUCCCGAGAGGCACCGCCCGGCGGGGGAGGAGGCCGGCUCGCGCGGCGAGGCCGAGCGGGACCGCCUCGCCCGCCGGAGGCGCCGGGCCGACGACCUCCACCUGAGGCCGCGGGCGCCUCUGUCGGACCCCGACGCGCGCCGGGAGCCGCGGAGGGACGCCACGCCGGUGUACGACGAGGCGCUCCGGCAACACCGGCGACUCCUCAGCAAGCUGGACCUGGAGGAGAAGCGGAGGAGGGAGGCCCGUGAAGGAGGCUUCUACUACGACUUGAACGAGUCGUACGACGAGAGCGACGAGGAGGAGGUGAAAGCCCAUCUGAGGAGAGUGACGGAGCAACCGCCCCUUAAGCUCAACACGUCCUCGGAGAAAGUGGACUUCCUGCGCACGUGCGGCCUGGUUACCUUGGCCCGCCGCGACGAGCUGCUGCAGCGCAAGAGGAGGAAGAGGAGGCGGAUGAUGAGGGAGCGCAGCACCUCGCCGCCGCCGCCGCCAGCCGUGCGUGGGAAGAGGAAGUCCCCCCCUUUGCCGGGCGCCGCGCUGACGACGCCGUACACCGCCGAGCAGAUGGACGGCGCCCCCGAGCUACAGGAGAAGAAAGACUUCCUGCGGGCCUUCGAGCUCUCCCACGUCAGCGCUCGGCAACGAAGAGAUAAGGAGAAGACCGAAGAGCUGCUGAGGGCCAUCGAGAAGAAGAUUGUGACGUCGGACACGCUCCGAUACAACUCGGUACCUCCGUGUAGCAGCGGCCCCCCCGCUGCCCCGUCCUCGAGCGGGAGGUCCUCGUCCACCCCGCCUUCCCGCCAAUCAAACGGACAUCUUUAUCCAGACUCGCCGAGCCCCUCGCCCCCGUGUUCGCACAAAGCGAGGCGUGCCCCCCACGACGACGCUCUCAGGCAGCCGCUGCGCCACGGCCGCCUCGUAGCUAAUCUGAAAAAAGAGCCCGGCGCGGGGGUGAACGGUCGCGUGCGGCCCUGGGAGACCUUCACGCCCGAGGCCUUCGCGCAGCACUUCCACCGCGCUGUGCUGCAGUCUACCCAACACAAAGCAGUCUCAAAGGCGGCGAAGGGUGACCGCUCGCCGCCUCGCGACGCCGCUCCGCUUAAAACGCCGCAUCCGAGCCACGCCGCUCGGCACCUCGGCGGCCGCCGCCCACGCUCCCCUCGAGCCGGCCGGGCGGAGCGCCUGACCGACGAGGACGCGGACGAGGGUGACGCCUCAUCCGGCGAGGAAGCGGAGGACGAGGAGGAGGGGGAACCGCCCAGGAAGUGGAAGGGCAUCGAAGCCGUUUUCGAGGCCUAUCAGGAGCACGUGGACGAGCACAGUGUUGAGAGGCAGGUUCUUCUCAGUCAGUGCAAAAGACUGGAAGCGCGCAACUACAAUCUCAGCAGAACGGCGGAGCAGCUCUCGGUCACCGUGGCGGAGCUGGCGAGCCAGAGGCGGCGGGUGCGGGAGGAGCGCGAGAGGCUCCACGCCCAGCUGCAGCACUUCAGGAGGUGUCUGACGCUACCCAGCAUGCACUGGGGCAGAGGGGGGCACGUCAACGCCCGCGCGCCCAGGUGACCCCGGGACGCCACGUGUCCAAAGACUACCGGCUUUGCGCUUACAGCGGAUAACACGGAGGAAGACUCAAAAUUCCACGCGCCUGUUGCCGUGGUUACCCUAACCCCUCACUUCUUUUUUUUACCCGAUCUGCCCGACGGAUUAGAGGUUUGUCAAGUCGAUAACCACAUCUGGAAGAACGUGUCAUCAUUUUGUCUGUCCAGAAACGUAGCUGACAUCGCUAGACGAACAAAGAUACAUUACAGUGAUCCCCCGUUAUUCGUGGGGGGGGGGGGGGGGGCGGCCUGACCACGAAUAAUUGACACGCCCCCAAAGGUUUUUUUUAGAAUUUAGUUGAAACUGUACAUGUACCGCAAACUAUGAUCCCAAAACAGUUCAAUAUCAUUUCUAACUCACUUGAUAAAAUCAUCUUUCGAAUGAAAAUGCUUACUGGUUAUAUUUGAUUUAGAAAGAAAAAACAAUGCACCUUCAUGUUGCAAAAAACGCUCCUAACUUCCACUGACAACCCAGGCUAAACUUAGCUCCUCCUCAAUACACAAAGCUUGUCUCUGGCUCAAGAUGUAUCACUUCAACACACUUCCUCGAGACCAACUCCUAUUGAGACGGGGCUUUGGCUCCAUCUUGUGGCAUUUCAUAACACUAUAGAAAGAAUAAUUGUAUUUAUUUAUUUUUUUUAAACGCAAAAAGGUGAGGGUUUUUUCAGCACGUAACGGAGGAUCGGUUCCAAAAUAAAACACUGUGAGGUGAAUUCGCAAAUAAUCAGGGGAUUACUAUAAUUGUAGUCAAUCAAUAAUGACCCUUUCAGUGAAACCGGAUCAUUUCCCACGGCACGCUCGAUAGUCGCUCGGCACACGGCGGUUGGGAAUCACUGAUCUCAUUCAUUCAUUCAAGACGCGUGACCGGGCCGAAUGGAAAAGCACACCCCGGGUCUUAAAACGGGAAUAGGAUGCACUUCAACACGGAACAUUAGUGGAAACACACCCACAAAAACAACAGGGAACAAGUAUCGAGGAACUUGGGUUUUGGGGUUUUGCUUUUGUUUUGGCGCUUCAUAGAUUUGACACUGGUUCUUGUGCUAGAUGAAUCAUUUUCUGUUUUGGUGGUUUUAUUUCAAGGGGGGGGAAGAAGCCAUAUGCUGGGUUUAAAAAUGCUGCUGGUCGGGGGGGGGGAAUGAGGGAUGUUAUAGCAUAAAUGUAUUGAUUGUUGGGAGGCUGGUUGUCAUGACAACCGCACGGUCACAUACUACAGGUACUACCUUUACACGUCUAUACAUGUGAUAGAACUUGAACUUACAUUUCAACUUUUUUGUCCACACCUUCAAUUUGUUUCCACAAAAAUGUAUAGUAGAGUAUAAUUGCCUUUAAUUUGAGAGACUAUACUGUCAAAGAUGGAUCAUGUCAAAUGUUGCCUAAUUGUUUGAAUCAGCUGUUUUCUAAUGGAUUUCUUUUCGGGCUGUAAAUUUGCAGUGAAUUAUUGAUGAACAUAUUGCUGUACAUGAAAAUAGAAAUUUGCAUUAAAAUGUUGCA